AUGGGUAGCCGUUACUUGGGUGGCUCGGGUCCGAGACUGACUGUGUGGAUCUCCAUAGCAGCAUCGACAGUCCUGGUCUUCUAUGGUUAUGACCAAGGUGUCUUCGGCAAUGUUCUUAUCAAUGAGGAUUUCUUACGUACUGUCGGUUAUCCAUCAGCUACGGCUAAGGGAACAAUGACCAGUGUAUACAACCUGGGAUGCUUCGGCGGUGCCCUCUCAACGCUCUACACAGGAGACAAGCUGGGCCGACCACGGACAUUAAUGCUGGGCAGUGUCACUAUUGCACUCGGCGCAAUUGUACAGGCAGCUUGUUACAACGCGGAGAUGCAGUAUGCGGGUAGAGUCAUCUCUGGGCUAGGAACCGGCAUGAAUACCGCCACAGCUGGUGUUUGGCAAUCCGAGACGAGCAAGAUAUCAAGCCGGGGCAAACUGGUCAUCAUCCAAAUGGCCAACUGUAUCACCGGCUUCGCCAUUUCGAAUUGGCUUACUCUAGGGUUUAGCUUCGUGGAAAACUCAAGCUCGUGGAGAUUUCCGCUGGCAUUUCAACUUUUUUUUUCUGUACUUGUUUGCCUGAUGUGCCCCUUUCUUCCCGACUCGCCCCGCCUCCUCAUCCGUAAAGGGAAAUACGACGAAGCGUACGGCGUGUUGGCUGCCCUCCAUGGCAAUGGAGCUACGGUCAAUUCGCCUGAAGUCCGGACGCAGUUUGCCAUUAUCAAGGAGGUCCUCGACAAGGAAUACUCCGUCGAGUAUUCUUGGUGGCAACUUAUCACUGGAAGAGGUCCGGCCGGAGUGCUUCGGCGGAUGAUACUGGGAGCUUGGAUGCAAGCCAGCAACCAAAUCUCCGGCAUUAAUGUGACAAGUUACUAUAUGACAUACGUCUUCAUUAACGCCAUUGGGCUGAAUGAACUGACGGCGCGUAUCUUGGCCGCCGCCGGAUCGAUGGAUUAUCUCUUCUUCGCCUUCAUGGCAUAUUUCGUCAUAGAGAGAUUCGGACGGCGCAAGGUCAUGAUGUGUUCGGCGGCAGCAUGCUCAACUUGCUGGACCAUCAUCGCCAUCUGCAUGGGGCUGUCCGAGACAGGUCGGGCUGAUUCGUACAAAACGGGCGCUGUGGCUGUCACAUUCUUCUUCGUCUUCUUCGCCGCGUUCGCAAUGGGUGUGCUCGGGGUUCCCUGGGUUUACCCUACCGAGGUCAAUGCUUUAGCAUUCAGGGCGAAGGGUGCGAGUCUCGCCAUGUCCACCAAUUGGAUCUUCAAUUAUAUGGUCUCUCAGGUCACGCCUCCCGGUAUUGCCAACUUGGGUUACCGCUUUUGGAUCAUUUGGGCCGUGAUAUGCGCCGCAUUUCUUCCAAUCACUUACUUGUUCUAUCCAGAAACCGCCCACCGAUCUCUGGAGGAUAUCGAUCGCUUUUUCUUUGACAACAGGAGUGUCUUGGUGUUCAACAAUAAGCUAGCAGUGCAGCUACAAAGACCCUCCAUUUACGAGGAAGUCGACAGGCAGAUCGCACAGACGAACGAGAAAUUAGGCACUACCGAUCAGAAAUAUGUUGGAACUAGACUCAUUGAGAAUGGCGGCAAGGGGCAGGGCGACCACUAA